UCGGCUGCAGAAAUUUUCCCUUUAAAGCUGGAGCCUGCCCAGACGGCCAGACAGAUGCCGCCCGUGAAGGAGGAAGAGCUAAAGUCGUUUGCGGUUGACUUUGAUAACAAGGAUGAAGCGCCAGCUGUGGGGCCUUUAGCACCCCUAAUGCGGUGUCGUUCGGCGACGCCACCACCGCUGGCCAGCAGCCAAAGCAGAUGCCCAAUCUUGAGGAUGCCGAUCGCCAGUCGUGCGGGCGGCACAGGAGCCACCAAAUCGAGCUGUAGGGUCGCUCUAGAAGGAGAUGGACACCCAGCUGAAGGCGGAAAUAUUGCCGGACAGUCCGGAGCAGAUGACUCUGGUCAAGGAGAUGAAGCGAGUUGAGCUUCAGUUGCAGAAUCUGGACAGAAAGACCCUGAAGAACAAGAACGAGAAUGUUGCGCAACAUCAACCUGUCUCACCAAGAUGGAGCAGAAUAACAUCAACAUUCAAAUGCUUCACUCAGCCUUGGGUCUCCGCCAAGCGCCGCGGCGCUGUCGUAACUGUUUGCCGAGGAUCCAUCCAUGAUCCGAUCCGGGCAAUCAGUCGUCGGGCGUUCAGAACGCCAUUAUUCUUCAUUCUUGAUCAUUUAUUUUUUAUUCCAAAAUAUGUUUCUCAGCCAUUUAGUGGAUCUUUGCGCCCUUCCGUCACGUAUUCAUUCUGCAUGAGUACUUUUGCUGCGAGUCCAAUCACGAUCGCAGUCACGGAAAAGCAAAAGAUGAUCUGCGGCUUUGAGCCUCAUUCCUUUCUCUCCUUUGAGCUGGUCUCGUAUUUCGUGGCGCAACUCGGGUAUCAGCUAGAUCCAUAUUCGGUUCUGGAUCUAUCCAUAUGGAGCUGAUUCCCAAGCUACGCGACGAGAUGCGAGAGGAGCUCAAAUUCAAGAUAAAGGAAAGAGGAACAAAGCCACAAAUCAUCUAGUGCUUUUUCCUGGCAGGGAUCGAGGCUGGAUUCGCGGCGACAGUACUUCUUCAGAAUCAGUACGUGACUGAAGUGGGUCUAGAUUCCAAACCGAAUUAAGAUCUAGAUCCAAAACCAAAUAUAUGGAUCUAGAUCCAUGUUCGCUUUUGGAUCUAGAUCCUGAUUUAAUCCCACCCACUGAUUAUUUUUUUGUUUCUUGUUUCUUGUAUUUGGAAAUGUCAUGCCUCUGCCAUUUAUGGGUCUAAAAUGUUUUAGUUCUGAAUAAAGGUCUGCCUGGUACAAAAAGAGCU